AUGAGGUUGAGACUGAGAAAGAUCAACUUUAGACGAAAUGGAGGAGAGCUCUUGCAACAACGCAAAGUCCAAAUCUUCACGGAGGAAGAGCUGGCAAAAGCAACCAACGACUAUAAUGACAGUAAUAAGCUCAACGACGACCAUUCUAGUUAUGUUUAUAAAGGGACAAUAGCAGGGGACACCGUGGUCGUGGUCAAGAAGCCUCAAGAUGAGCACAAGUCUAUAAUAAGGCAGCAUUUCGAAGAUGAACUUGAAUUUCUGAUGAGAAGAAGCCACAAAAAUAUGGUGAAGCUCAAAGGCAUAUGUUUGGAGACUAAAAUACCAUUGCUGGUAUAUGAACACAUUCCGAAUGGCACCCUUUUCCAACACAUCUAUGAGAAUAAGUCGACCAUCUUAGAAUCAUGGGAAGACUGCUUUAGAAUAGCUACCCAAGCUGCUCAUGCAAUUGAUUAUAUGCACUCCUAUGCAAAAUUCCAAAUCGUUCAUGGCAACAUCAAGUCGGCGAACAUGUUUCUAGAUAAAGAAAACUCGGUGAAAAUAUCCGAUUUUGGAACUUCGGUACUCAUAUCACCAGAGCAUAGAGAUAUCAUAGCCACUCAGAAAAAAGACUCGUUGGGCUACAUCGAUCCGGAAUCAACCACUGGUGAGCUAACAACUCAGAGCGAUGUAUACAGCUUUGGAGUUGUCCUUGUGGAGUUGCUCACAAGAAAGAAACCUGAUGUCACCAAGUCUGGAGAGUCGAUCAUUACUAUCCAUCGUUUGAUCAAUACUAUCCAUCAUUUUAUCUCUUCAGUGAAGGGUGACACACUCUCCAAUGUCAUAAGCUUUGAGAGUGCUAGUCAAGAUGAAAUGAAGAAAAUACGAACCGUAGCUGAGAUUGCAGUGAGGUGCUUGGACCAAAGCGGUGCGAACAGGCCGACAAUGAGCGUUGUGGCUCUGGAACUCGCCGAUGUCUACCCGAUCUCGACAGAUAAAGAAGAGGAUGAAGAGACCAAACGAGAAGUGGAUGUAGACGAUCUCUCGAGCUGUCUUUCCUGUCUGGGAAUGGAUUCCUGCAUCUGA